AUGCAGGGUUCAACGAAGAACAAACUGUCUGAACUCCAAACCAUUAUUAGCAGGAUGCCUUUAGAAUUAUUCUGUGUGGCAGCCCUGCCUGAGUUUGGUGUUCGUUGGCGAGAUGUGUCCAAAGCAGUCCGCAAUGCAAGGCUGCCGAUGCAACCAGCAAGUGUAGCCCGUGUGUUGUGCAGACAUAUUGCUAAAGCACUCAGUGGAGAUGAAAUUGAGGAUAUUGUUGCAAGACUACGUCUCAAAUUGGUGGCAACCCAGACUCGAAAUUGGCACGUGAUCCGUCUCACAGAAAAGACCACAGAUGAACCGGUGACUAACACUAUCAGAGCCCUCCAAGGAAGAGUGAUGCAGACCCUCCGGAAGAACAAAAGAGGCAUGCGCCCUGAGGUCCAAACUGUGCUGUUGGGUGAUCUUAUGUAUUUAAGUGUACAACUGGUCUCCGAUCAAAAGGAAGGAUCUAUCCUGUAUGUGGCAACACCUCCGGGGGAACCGGUGGCAUUGGUAUCAAGCACCUCUAUGGCAGGGCUUCUGAAAGCUUGUGUAGAAGGUCUGGGCUACAAGAAAUACGUAAACGCCAACUUAUACGGACGCGAUGUGAAAUCACUCCUGCGCAUCAACAACGGCUCUUGGACAGCGAACGCUGAUCACUUGACAGAAAUACCUGAAUACGCUCCGGUCCCAAUCAUCACCAACACCGGCAUAGACUACACCAACAAAGCAUACGAUGAAAAUUAUGUAGAAAAUCUUCUGGGACCAGACCCUCCAUUGAUAACCGACUUAAAUAUAAAAACAACGAAGAAUUUCUUUGAUAGAAGCCGUUUGGACAAACAGAUAAGUCUAUCAGUUAAUAUUAAGACCGAUGAUGUGGCUAAGUCGCUUAAAUGCUGGGUCAGUAAAGGCGCCUUGGCACCUACAAGUGAUUUCUUUCAUAUUUUUAGACAGAUUAAAUCGAAUAAAAUCAGUUAUGAUCGAGAGGAUUCCGAUUAA